AUGCACAGUGCGGUGGAUUUGAAUGCUUCUUUUGUGGUGCAUGCUGGCAGUUGCGUGUGGCGGCUGUUGUCUUCUUCCGUGGCUAUGAGGAGAAGUGAGGGGGGAGUGCGCAGCCCGAGUCUCCUUUUCUGCGGGUGUGAUGCACCGCGUGUGACUGCGUUGAGUUGGGCUCCGUGUCCCAUUGAGGGCGGGAUGGCUGGAAAUUUUGUUGCCGCGUCAUGGAUGGAUGAGGGUCCACUGGCGCGUGUGGCUGGUGUGGUGAUUGCCUGCUCCGUGUGUGUUGUGUGGUGGCCGCGGGGUUUUUGCCAUUUCCCUGGGGCUGUGGCGAUGAGCUGGGAGGAGAUGGUGGUGGAUGUGUUGUCCUUCUGCAUGGUGGGUGACUGCUGGCGUUGUGUGUCUUCGUUGCGUGGAUGCCGUCUCGUGGUGUGUGAACUGUGCGGCUGGGCCUCCUGCCCUCUCCUCAUGUUUUCUGCUCUUUCUCGCUGCGUCCGCUGCACUCCGUCCCUCUCCCUCCUGUUACAUCCCUUUUCCUUCUGGCUCACGGAUCGGCUGACUGACUCCAACGACUCCACUACGGGCGAUGAUGACUGCGAUGGUGAUGGUGCGGCGCCGUGUUGGUCCUUGCGCUCUUGUGCUGCUGCUGGGAGUCCUGGACGUGUUUCUGGUUGUGCCGGUGGUUGUGUCGGUGGAUGUGUCGUGUGCUCCGAGUGA